CCAGGGGACAGUGGGUUUUCUGUUGUUGUCCCGUUUUGAAGCCCUCUGUCCUGGCACCCUGCGCCCCUCUGCACUCGCUUUCUUUCUCUCUCAUCCCUCCACAUCCAGCGCUCCCUCCAGAGAGGGACUCUCACUCCACAGGCUCCUGUCACGUCUUUGGCAUCGGUCUUUUGGGAGCUCCGCAAGAAGCCAGAAACCAUGCUGACGUUCCUGGCGCUGACGUCGGUCGCCCUCCUGGGAAUAGUGCCCGAGCCGUCCCAGGCCAUCGUCAUUUACACUGGCUGGGAGCGUCACGCCUUGGUGGGCUCUGACAUCCGGCUGUCCUGCUCUUUCUUCUCCUGGCGUUGGACCUCGGAGGACGUCACCUUCUCCUGGACGUACAGGCCCGACGGCUCGCGGGACAGCAUUUCUAUCUUCCACUACACCGGCGGAGCGGCCUACGUAGACAACAAGGGCCCCUUCAGGGACCGGCUGGAGUUCGUGGGAAACCCGGGCCGCCGUGACGGCUCCAUCCUGCUCAAGAACCUGGAGUUCAGCGACAACGGCACCUUCACCUGCGACGCCAAGAACCCCCCUGACAUAGUGGGCCGGCCCUCCAGCGUCCGUCUGCUGGUGUUUGAGAAAGUGCCCAUCCAGGCCGGCGUGAUCACCGGAGCCAUCAUCGGUGUGGUGCUGGGCCUGCUGGUGCUCAUUGUGGUCAUCUACUACCUGAUGAGGUUCCUGGUGGCGCGCCGGGUCUUCAGCCUCAGUGUCAGCAAACAUGGCAAGAAAAAGAAAGAGGGAUCACAGCAGAGACAGGGCCCCGUGCCUGCCGCCGACCCCUCCAAGAUAAAGGUCUGACUUCUCCAUGACUGCCUCCACUCCUCUAGUCUGCUCCCUCCUUUUCUGCCCAGCCUGAUGCAGCCCCCAUUAUUUCCUAUUAUCUCCACUCUUUCAAGACAGCACUGGCUGUAAGAAUAGUCCCACUAUAUCAGUGGCAAAAGUGUCAAAUAAUUUUUACAACGCCUCAUCCGGGACCCUGUAUGCACUCAUUGGGCAAACUGUAAAACUGUUUAAGGCCUAACUACGUACAUAACUUCCUUAAGAGGAAGCCCAAAGCCAUCCCUCUGUGUUUAGAGUCCCCUGAAUCUUCUCUCUUAAUGUUUACGACUCAAUCACACACUGAGCGGAGCUGUGAGAGCACUCUGGACUUCAGAUCGAGGAAAAAAAGGAGAGAACGAGAGGGAGAGGAGAGUGAUAGUGAGAGAGAAAUAUGAUUCCUGCUCUCAGCCGGCGCAGAUAGAGGUUCAAGCCCUCCAGCUCGGGGUGAUUCAAUCCUCUCACAUUUGAGCUAAUGGAGGUUGUCGCUGUGUCCCUGCCCUGGCUAAAGGGGGCUAUUUCUGGCCCCUAUAAGAGCGCACGGGCUUACAGUAACAGCUGCACAUUUUUCAGCCGACAGCAGUGUGUGGGGGGGGAGGCGGGGUGGAAGAGAAAGAAGUGGGUGGCGGCGGCGGCGGUGGCGGCAGCGCCUACUACGCCGUUGUGCCUGAGUGCGUCGUGAGGAUGUCCGCUCUUGACUUGUCGGCCAGCGACUGACAACCCCGAAUGACGUCAAGGCCCCCGAAGGCUGGCGGACGCUCUCAGGAGCCUGACAAAAGGGGCUUACCAGGAAGAGGUGCUGCUUCUGUGCUCGCAGAGUUAUUUUCGGUUCGGUUUUAAUCCGCUUGCACGUUUCUCCUCGCCAACCCAGGGCUAAUUAUUUUAGCGUGUGCUGGUAAGGAGAUAUCUGUCUCUGCAUCUCCGCUCCUCUGUUAUUCACUCUUCGUCUGGACUCCCAUCCUGGGAAGCGUCUUCUCUCCCCCCCACUUCGUUCUGUCUGUCCUGACGUGUUUGGCUUCCUUUAUCUCCCCCUCUUCCUGCCGUUUAGUGACUCUGCGCUGCAUUAUUCCCCCACAGAAAAGGCCUCUACACAAUCCACUCCUCUCUUUAAGCUUCUCCUUAUCUGACUGCCAGGCCUAAAGCUCAAUGCUCUGCUCCUCUCUUUUCUGUCCUUCCUCUUCCUCUGUUUCCUCCUCCUUUUUCUUAAACUCGGUGACAGACACCUCCCUCCCCUCUGUCCGUCUUCGCCAGUGAUCGAUGAACGCCCUCUCGUUUUGUCCUUCAAAUGCCUCGUCCCCCUUUGCCAGAACACCUUCCCUCCUCCUCUGGCCAUUUACUGUCUUAUUUCUGCUGGUUUGAAAGCAAAAAAAACGCUCUCCUCUACCGCCUGCUGGCUGAGGAAUGAGAAACACGGGAAGAAAUGCGCCUUUCGUCCUCACUGAAGACGCCAAACGGAAACUUAUAAUCUAGCUCGCUCUCUUCUGGUCGCAAAUCCAAAGCCUGUUUGUUUUGUAUAUGUGUGUCUAGUUAAAAAAAGAAAAAACAGAUUUCAUACAGAGC